CACUACUAAUGAAUGAAUAUUCUAAUAUCUGCAAUGUGCAUUUUGUAUGUACUAACUCUUCUAAAGGCAAUGCGUAGUUUUUGUGUAUCACAUAUUAAUCCAGGAAUAUGUUCAAAUACGUCUAAUGGACAGCCUCUGGUGUGUUGUCCAAAUUAUCAAAUAGUCGGAACCUCAUGCCAAGAAUGUUUGGCCGGAUAUCGAGGAGAAAAUUGUGCAGAGGAUUGUGCUUUAGGGUUUUAUGGAAGACUCUGUAGAGAGAGAUGUUCCUGUGAUCCAUGUGAUAAAGUCUACGGAUGUCAAAAUAUAAAUAAUGGGUACAAGUACAGUACAACUUCGGAACAAGAUGAGGGUCCAAAGGCAUAUCACUGGCUCACAUUGUUAACGCUGGCAUCGGGUUGUUUUGCAAUUUGUUUCAUGUUAUGCCUAACCGUUGUUUGUAUAUUCAGAUGGAACUCGACCACAAGGACGUUUUUGCUGACUAAACACGAUACUCAAAAUGAUGGUAAUCUUCCCGAAAUUCUUCGAUAUAACCCAUUGCAAAGGUUAAGUGGAGUUGAAACAUCUAAUACAACUGGUAAAGAAACAGUUUAUCCAAUUUACAGUUGUCAUGAUGAAGACCUAUUUUUUAUGACUAAAGCAAAUAGAACAGAAGACGUUCAAGAUGUAUAUGGUCAUAUAGACCCAAAGGAUGGAUGUUAUAAUAUUCUCAAACUCAAGGCACUGGAUGAAAAAGAUGAUUUUAAUACAAAUGACUAUAUGAAAGCAGAAAACAGUGUAUCUGCAACAACAUUAACAGCAUCAAACAAUAGUAAUACAGAUGACCUUAAGUCCAAAAGAUUGAUAAAACGAGAGCAAAUGAAACACCAGAAAGAUUUAUUUCGAACACUUAAUAGUUUUAAACAGAAGGACACAAAUGAAAGGAAAAGGUUAAGGUACAGCUUUGUUAAAUCAACAGAAAUUAUAUAAUACAUGUAAAAACUUGCCAAUGCCAGUGAUUAGUAAACAUUAAGAUAUUCGUCGCAUGAUUUGAAUUAGACGUUGCUUGUUUCAAUUUGACUGCUAUUUUUGAAAAAUAUACGACUAAAUAUAUCUCCAUUUUUCGUUCGAAUUAAGUUACUAAACCUACUUCAUGUUUAUCUUAAAACAAACUGUCAAAAUCCUGUAUGCUCUCUCUUCCACAUUUUGUCCUAAAACACGACAAUAUAUACAUUCUCUUAAAGAAAUCAGCUCAUAAAUGUUUCAUUGCUCAAAAGCACACUUACUUGUAGAUCAUUAAUUGGCACAGCCCCUUUUACAAAAUAAAAAAAAAUCAAUAUAAAUUGUUAAUAUGCUAAGAGAUUUAUAAUUUUUGGUAAUGUUCCAGUGAAAAUGUAAUACAUGUAAUCAUUCAUAUCCUUUAUAUACCUAUUACAAGUAAUGCAUUGCGUUUAAUGUUAAAGAAAUAAAAAAAAAGUGGUAGAGUAAGAAGAAGUGGGGACAUGAAGUAUUUUAUUAUCAAAAUAAAAACGUUAAUUUCUAAAACCUUAUUAGUUUUAAAAAAUCGGCUUAAUUAGGUCUUGAUAAGGAUAUUCGUUAUUCAAUGGUAAAUAGCCCGGUACUCCCAUCAUAUGCUCAAUAGUGUUUCCUUUUCCCCAUACAAUGUAUUAAUUCUGUAUCUUUACACGAUAAGGAAGUCCUGUUUAUCAAAAAUUAGGGAAUUAGAUAUAAGGAAUUUCUAUUUUAAAAGGGCAUGGUCACGUUUUGGGCUAGAAUUUGUAAUAAAUAAAAUAUUAAUUGGGGUUAUUAUAACAGUCACCUAACGUUUGAAUGUCAUUUAUCGAGUUACUUAAUGUGUUGUAUAUAUUUUGACAAAUAUUAAUAUUCUGUAAAUUUACAAGAUUAGCAUAUGAAUAUAUAAAUGUCAUUUUGUAUUGUGAGAGUAGCUUGGAAUCUGAUCCCCUGUCAGUUUUUUAAUGAUUUUUUGUAUAUUUGUUCAAAUACGUUGAUGUAUAUCUUCGCUCAGACACUACAUAUGUACAUGUUCAAUUUGACAAACAAUCAUAAAACAAAUAUUGUAUGCAAUAUGUUCACAUUCAGUAAUGUUUAAGUUUGAAAUAUUAUUUAGUAUUUACUCUUAAUAUUAACCUCUAGCUAAACUAUUUUGGCAAAGAUAAUAACGAGAAAUGGAGAUUAAUCACCUGUAAGUAAGUAAUGUAUUUGUAAAAAAAAUUAUGACAAAUAGUUUUAUCAACAACUGGAAAAAUAAGCUUGUGUUAUAUAUAGAAGAAUAUGCUUUAUGCUAUUUCCGUAAUAAUUUUUACUAGUCUUUCUUUGUAAUUGAAGUGAUUUAAGAAAAAAAGAUUAAUUGUAUGGGGUGGAGAAUUUUUUUAUGACCGAUUUAUUUUAAAUUACAAUAAUCUAAACAAUGGUGUCUUGCUUAUCAUUUUAUUGAUAAUUUUUUUUUUCGAAAUCUAGAAUUCAAUAUUUAUAUUUCAACGUUUAUUCGGAAAACAAUAUGUGACUC